CGGCGACGCGCAGUCGCCAGGUGAGCUAACAACGUUGCGCGCGCGCGCGACGGGGGUCGAACAGUCCAUCGUUCAACACCGAACGAACGUCGUCCUCGUGUUCGCCGGGUUAGACGACGUUGGGCAGAAAAAGUUUUUUUUCUCGAGGAAAAUUUUUUAUUUUCAAUCAGUGUUAUUGUUUAAUUAAUGAGGGAAAAGUGAAAUUAUUAUUAACUGGUCUACCUCGUUUUUAUUGAACAGGAGACUCGCAAGGUGUGUCAUAACCUCAAAAUAAUAUUUAAAAAAGGAGAAGGUGUCCCAGGUAGUAACGAGACGUAGCGGUCCGACGCAACAGGCGACAUGUCUAUGUCUAUCUACGUUCUUUGAAAACAAUAUUUUGUGAGUGUUUUUACGCGAGUGGGUUUUUUUUUAAAAUAGAGGAAAAAAGUGAUUUUUUGUUUGUUUUUUUUUUCGAAAAUUUAAGAUUCGAGUGGUGUAAGAAUUGUUAAGGAACUUGUCUGGAGGGUUGUAACCCUCGAACGCCGGAUAUGCAGAUGACGACAGGAAUGGGGCCGACACACCUGGUCGCCCUUUACGUGGCGACUGCCGGCCUUCAAGGCACUGCUCUCGGCUCUGAUGAAGAGGAAAUUACCCUUCUGGUGUACGUCCUCAUCGACGCUCUUCAAAAUAAGGUGAUGGACAGACAGCAAUAUAUUGUUCGACCAAUGGUGAUGGACGAAACGACGACAAAUGGUUCGGGAAGUGAAAAUCCGGCUGUUGCCGGAAGUAGUGGUGUUGUGAGUGAAGCUGCAUUAGAACAUGCUCCAACUCUUACUGAAGAAACCCUCCGCGAACGCGGCAUUCCUUUACAUCAAGCCAUUCAACAGUUUGAAACGUGGUGGUCCUCGUUGACGUGUGUAGCUGCCGGAAGUACGCCUCGGUUCAUUGUCGAUGGACAAGCACCCUUAAGACAAUGUUUGCACCCCGAAGCCUGUAAUAAAGAAAUCGAACUGCCAAGUCAUUACUCCUACUUUCAUGACCUCAGAAAAGAAUUCACAACCUGUUAUUCCUCGCAGGAUGAACUUUCACCCCUCAGCAUUCAGGACAUGAUUCAAUACUUUGGUUUUCCGAAUGAUGGUGUGAAUGAUUAUCACGUCGAGGAAAUCCAAGAUAUGGUCACUAUCAUCCAAAGGAUGAUAAAAGAUGGUCAUGUUUUUCAAAAUCCGGAGGUGGUUAAUCUAGUUUUGGAACCUGGAAUAUGCUCAAACGACGAAGAGGUAGACAGCAAUUGCGUGGUUAGGGCGCGAGGACUUCCUUGGCAAUUGUCUGAUCAGGACAUUGCAAAAUUCUUCAGAGGACUGAAUAUUGUCAAGGGUGGUGUUGCCUUGUGUUUGAGUCCACAAGGAAGGCGAAACGGAGAAGCUUUAGUACGAUUUGUAAGUAAGGAACAUAGAGACAUGGCGCUAAAAAGGCACAGGCAUCAUAUUGGACUGCGUUAUAUUGAAGUUUACAAAGCGUCCGGCGAUGAUUUUGUCGGAGUUGCUGGUGGUACGAGUGGAGAAGCUCAUGACUUCCUUUCCCGAGGACCUCAAGUCAUCGUCAGAAUGAGAGGUCUUCCCUACGACUGUGUAGCAAAACAAGUGCUGGACUUUUUUGCGUCUGGACAAAAGCCCUGCCAAGUAUUGGAUGGCGAGGAAGGUGUUUUAUUUGUGAAGAAAGCAGAUGGACGGGCGACUGGUGAUGCGUUUGUUCUUUUUGCGAAAGAAGAAGAUGCGGCGAAGGCCCUCGGUAAACACAGGGAUUGUAUUGGCAGCCGAUAUAUUGAAUUGUUUAGAAGCACCACUGCCGAAGUACAACAGGUAUUAAAUCGAGUGAGUGGCAUUAAAGCAUACGACAGAAUGGUACCACCGGUGCUGCCAUUGCCAAAAUUCAAUCCACUUCUUCCUCAGCACAUUAUUACCUCAGGAACUCGCAAAGACUGUGUUCGUUUACGUGGCCUCCCUUACGAAGCUCUAGUGGAGCACAUCCUCGAGUUUAUGGGGGAGCACUCGAAAAAUAUUGUUUAUCAAGGAGUUCAUAUGGUUUACAACACACAGGGUCAACCAUCGGGCGAGGCGUUCAUCCAGAUGAAUAGAGAGAGUUCGGCGUACUUGUGCGCCACGCAACGACAUCAUCGCUACAUGAUCUUUGGCAAGAAGCAGCGUUACAUCGAGGUGUUCCAGUGCAGCGGAGCCGACAUGAAUAUGGUAUUAACGGGCUGCCCGCCUCAGACAAAAGCUCUCCUCUCACCUGGAAAUCCGAUAAUACAGCAACAGCAAAUCACUACAGGAGCGAUGUAUCCGCCUCCAGCUGGGAUUGCAACUCCAUUUCCACCACCGACAUAUUCGCAAAUUUUCUACUGGCCCCAUCCUUCACCGCCAGUCAGUCCAACAAAUUACUAUAAUCACGCUAGCGUUGGUAACCUCUCGGCGAUACCGCAACAGGCGACUCUUUUGACGCCUGCCGAAUGCCUUCAAUCUCCAUCGGAGACGCAAUUGGAGUUGAUUCCACCGCUAGGAAUUGGCAAACAUCAGAUUCCGGUGUCCGGUAGUACACUGUACCUUCUAAAUUUACAUUUCACCAAGCACCAUGCGACUAGUACAACAUUGAAUUGUACAUAGUUUCUCACAUAUAUGUAUUUAUAUGUGUGUAUGUUUAUGCGGCUUGAAACCGGUUCGAUGCCGUACAAGUCAAUGCCUUGCCUCACCUGAAAGUCACUUUGUGUGAUCUUGUUUCCCUUCUUAUUUUUCUUCCCAUGGACGUCGCCAAAGGGAGUCCCUUUGGAGUUUAACCGAACACGAAAGUCAGCAGGUGCUGGUCGCCAAACGACUAGAAAUUCUUUAAAAAAAGGUCAACAAAAAAUUGUCCUUUUUUUUAAUAAUGAAAAAUAAUACAGUCACUGUAUUUAUCCGACCAGAAAUUAGGAAAUCUCAAAUGCGAAAGCAAACUGAAACUUAAAAUUAAAACUGAAAAUAAAAACUGAAAAUUAAAAUUAAAUUGAAAAUAAAAACUGAAAAUUAAAUUUUAAUUGAUAAUUAAAA